AAAAAUACAUUUUUAUGAACAUUUAUAACACACUAAUUUUAAGUACAUAUUAUUUCAUAUUAUUGUUGAGUUUUGAAAAAUUUGACAACGUCGCAAUUUUAGAACACACGUUAGUUAACCUCUCUUUACACAAAGUUUUAAUAUCUGUUUACGAUGGAGGAUAAACGUUUUUCGCACAUUACAAGCGACCCAAAAUUUCGCAGAAUACCGAAACAUGAAAAGAAAGUGAAAAUAGAUAAGCGGUUUCAGUCUAUGUUCAAUGACAAAAAGUUUAAAGUAAAAUAUACGACCGACAAACGAGGAAGACCUGUAAGUUACACUUCUACGGAGGAUUUGAAGCGAUAUUAUGAAUUAAGUUCUGAAGAAAGCGAGGAUUCUGAAAACGAAGAGCAAGAGGAAGGUGGCAAGUUUGUUAAAGCCCCUAAAGAAGAACAGGAUGAUCUAAAAGUUAAACACAAAAGUGAUAAGAAUCUUACAAGUGACAUUAAAUCAAAACUAAAGAAUUUAAAUGUUGAUUAUGCUAGAGGUGAGACUGCUCUGUAUUCAGAAAGCUCUUCUGAUGAUGAUGAGAGUGAGAGUGAAGUCUCAGACACUGAGGACAUUGAUCACAAAUGGGGCGAACUUGAUGCUGAUGCGGAAACGACGGAAGAAGCUACAUAUAGAUUAGCUGUAUGUAAUAUGGAUUGGGAUAGAAUAAGAGCUACAGAUUUAAUGGUGUUGUUCAAUUCAUUUUUACCACCUGGAGGAGUUAUUCAAUCUGUAGCGAUAUACCCAUCAGAAUUUGGCAAAAAAAGACUAGCAGAAGAAGAAAUUAAAGGGCCUAUAGAACUUGUGGAUGGCAAUCAAGAAGAGGCAAAUGAAGAUGAAACUGAAGAAGGAUCAAAAUAUCACAUGGAAAAGUUGAGACAAUAUCAGCUAAAUAGAUUGAAGUAUUAUUAUGCAGUUGUGACAUUUGAUAACCCAAAUUCAGCCAAUAAAAUCUACACUGAGUGUGAUGGAAUGGAGUAUGAAUCAAGUGCCACAAAAAUUGAUCUGCGUUUUAUACCAGAUGAUAUGACAUUUGAUGAUGAACCUAAAGAAACAUGUGAUAAAUUACCUGAAUUAAAUAAAUAUGAACCUAGGUUCUUUACUACAACAGCAUUACAGCAAGCUAAAGUUGACUUAACAUGGGAUGAAACUGACCCUGGUAGACUUGAGAUGACCCAAAAAUUGAACAGUGGAAAAAUUGAUGAUGUAACUGAAAAUGAUUUACAAAACUACUUGGCUGGAAGCAGUGAUGAAGAGAGUGAAGAAGAAGUGGAGGAGAAUGAAGAAGAGGAAGGUGAACCUGGAAAUGUUUUGGACAAGUAUAAAGCCUUGCUUCAAGACAUUGAAGAAAAAGAAAAUCAGAAAAAGAAUAAGGAUGUAGAAAUGGAAAUUACAUGGGGAUUAGGUCUUAAGGAUGAGGCAGAAAAGCUUGUGAAGAAGAAAUUAGCAGAUGCUGAAGAGAAAACACCAUUCCAGAAAUAUUUAGACAAGAGGAAGGAAAAGAAAAAAGAGAAAAGACUACAGAAAAAGAAAAUGGUAGAUGAUGGUGAUGAUGAUGGAGAUUCUGACAUUCCCUCUGAUAUUGAUAUGAAUGAUCCAUACUUUGCUGAAGAGUUCAAUAAUCCAGAAUUUAAGAAAAAGAAGAAUAAAGAAAAUAAAAUAAAAGAUGAUAAUGAUAAGGAAGACAAUGCAGAGUUAGAAUUAUUAUUAAUGAAUGAAGAAGAUGGAAAGAAACACUUUAAUUUGAAAAAGAUUCAAGAUGAAGAAAACGAGAGUAAAAGUAAAAAGAAACGUAAAAAUAAAAAGGGAAAAGAAGAAGAGCCAAAGGAUAAUUUUGAAGUUAAUGUUAAUGAUGAUAGAUUUUCUGCUCUUUUUACUAGCCACCAUUUCAAUAUUGAUCCCACUGACCCUAAUUUUAAGAAAACAAAGGGUAUGGAAAAACUUAUAACGGAGAAGAUUAAACGGCGAACAGACGAUGAUGAAAAUGAAGCAAAAAGGCCGAAAUUGGAGAAUAAAAAGAAAAAGAAUGCUGAACUUAGUUUACUUGUUAAAAAUGUUAAACGAAAAACUGAAGCCUUUAAAAAUAAAUAAAUAAAUCAGA